AUGUCGUCUCAGUCGGGCCCAUCGUCAGCUUCCUCCAAUUCACCGACUACCCCCGCUAUCUGCCCACCAGAACGUACGGCUACUGCGUCUGGUUAUAGAACCCAUGCGAGCUCUGCCAGUCGAAAUGUUAGCGACGUUGGUCCUGCCUCGGAUAGACGCGCAGAGAGACGACGAUCGACUAUUUCUGGUCCCGAUCGGAAACGAAGGCUGGCCAACACACAUGGGGAUGUCUGGCUGAGACGCGCUGGACCCGGGACUGGGUUGGAACCCGGACCCAGUAGAAGUACCACAAAUGUGAAUAGCUGGUCUAUUCCGAGCGGAUCGUCGCGUACGCGGACAGAACAUGCUACACUUGGUACUUCCUACGCCACGCCGAUCGACUUGUCCUCGCCAUCACCAAACCCUGUUCCACCAAAUACAAGUGACCGCAGGAGUUCAUGGUCUCGAACGGGAGGUGGUUUCUUGGAGUAUAUAAGGCCUCGAUGGCAGCCUGACACUGAGUUUAUUGUUCGGCCUCCAGAACCUUACCGAUCUCCUGUGCCCACCCUAGUUGCCCCAGGAGGAUCACAUUUUGAUCUGGAAGCGAGCGAUAUUUCUACUGCCUUCAAUCCAGCUUUGGGAGGCGGCGAGGAGGUGCGCCUCUGUAAUCCCUGUGUUCCGGACCCGAACCCAGAACCACCUCCUGGAUAUACUGCACUUCGAUCUUGCACAGGUGCAGGCUCGGUGAACCAGUCUCGACAUCGGAGUUAUCAUUCUAUGUCGACACCAAGCAGAGCAUACCCCUAUAGUGUAACUGCCGACAACGCUUCUUCUCGACCAAGCCGCAGAACCCUGGGAUCAAAUGAAUUUUUGACCUUCGCUGGCCUGGGGGGUUCAUUUGCUUCCCAAAUACCUGAGCGUCCAAUUGAAUACGGACCUAUAUCGGCUCGUUUUGCGCCGGCCCUGAGGGCGUCUACGUCUCUCCCUCAUACCGGACAAAGUGCUAGGCCACUACCACCUGGAACAUUACAUAGUACAGCCACUGCUAAUCUAGCAGAUAAUUGGCGCUCCUCUCACUCUCUGCGUCGCCGCAUCGAUGAGCGCGAUUUAUGCCCAAUCUGUGACAAUGAACUCCCUCCACUAGGCGAGAAUGGGAAUGAGGAUGUUCGAGAAGUACAUAUCCGAGAAUGCAUUGAGAGUCACGGCCGACAAACAGGCUCUCUGCCGCAAAGUGGCAGUCCAGUUACGCAGCCCGCGAUACCUGUGCGGAUGCUCAUUUUCACUGCUACUGAGAAGGACUGUCUCGGUCACGAUGGUGCAACACAAGAGUGUACUAUCUGUAUGGAGGAUUACGAAGUCGGUCAGUCACUGCCGAUGGAGAUUGAUCCGCGCUUACACCCUGGAGGUGAAGUAGCUGCAGAAGCAUCGAACCACUCCCUUGUGCCUUCCCCCGGCACAAGGCACACUAAUCUCACUGUAUCUUCAUCACGGACACCUACCGAAUACCCGGAUCCCCCUCCCUACUUCUCCGGCGAACGCCUGCGCUCUGCCCCCUCUGCUACGAGCAACGUGAACUACUACAAUACCUCGACCGCGCAGUCUCCGGUGACACACACAUUAUGCCAAGGAAAGCCGGAAUCCAUUCUUGAUUCAAGUAAUCAAACAUAUUCUAGCGACACUAAUGAUCCUUAUGCGGAUCUGAAACGCCCUCGGGCUUGCGAAGCUUGCCGACAGCUUAAAGUCCGGUGCGAACCCGAUGCAACCAAUCCGAACGGGUCGUGUAAGCGAUGUGCAAAAGCACGAAGGUCAUGUGUGGUUACGGUUCCCACCCGUAAGCGUCAAAAAAAGACAGAUAGUCGAGUUGCGGAGCUGGAGAGGAAGAUUGAUGCUCUGACGGCCAGUCUCCAGGCCUCGCAUGGCCAGGACCCGUUAUUGCAAGCGGCACAAUCGGAAACACCACGUGGUGAAUAUGCAAAUCGAAGAUGGCUGGGACCAACAAGUACUAGUCCGACCAACAAUGUGUCCUCGGAAUCGCCGACAACUACUCUAUCGGGGACUAAACGACACCAUAGCGGGGAGAUCAAGGAUGCUAGAGACGAUGAACUCCCAGGAAGCUGUAUGCCUAGCCCUACUACGGAGAAUACAGUAGACCAUGGUGGUAAACAGCCCCACGGCGGCCGCGUGUGUAGCCCGAAUGCCACAUUGAAGCCCGAAUCACGCAACGAAUUUGUUGAUGUGAUUGAUAGAGGUCUCGUCAGUGUGGAGGUAGCGACGGAAGCAUUUAAUAGAUAUACCUCCGAGAUGGCCGACAAAAUCCCCAUGGUGAUCUUUCCUACUGGAACCACGAUGCAGGACGUUCGAAGGAGAAAGCCUCUGGUGCUCCAUGCGAUUGUUGCAGCCGCUGUUGGCCCCAUCCAACCUGACUUGCACAUACCCCUUGUGAAUGACUUUUACAAGGUCAUUGCAGACCGGAUUAUAGUUAGGGGAGAAAAGUCAUUGGAACUUAUGCAGGGCCUUCUUGUGACCUGUAACUGGUAUACGCCACCAGAUAACUUCGAGGAACUUAAGUUCUUCCAGUUGAGCCAUCUGGCUCUUACGGUGGGCAUCGACAUAGGGAUGUAUCGGAAAUCUACGGCUAGGAGUAAGCCGUUCAGCUUAAUCAGGGAAUCUGCAGCAAAAAAGACACCCUCACAGGAUCCUGAUUCUCCUGAAGCUCGACGAGCAUGGCUUGGGUGUUACUUUGUAGCAGUGCAGGUAUCGACCUCUUUGAGGCGGCCAAUUCUUGUGCGUUGGAGCUCGUACAUGGACGAGUGUGUGGAAAUCCUGGAAAAAUCACCAGAAGCCCUGCCAACCGAUAAGACUAUGAUUCACUGGGCUAAGUUGGCGCAAAUUAUAGAAGAGAUUAACAUGCAAUUUGUUGGCGAUGACACCGCUGCAACUGUCUCCUUCGAUGAGCCUAAAUUCCAGUAUACUCUGAAGGUUUUCGAGAAGCAGCUUGAGCAGUGGCGGAGAGAAGCGCGACCUGAAGAAUCUCCUAUGUUGAAACAGGCAGAAUGCAUUGUCGAUCUUUAUAUGCACGAGGGCGCCAUGCAUAUGGAACUCAAUGAUGACAAGGAAACAACAAGUGAAGUCUAUUCAAGUCCAACCAGUGCAGCCCAUAUGAAUGCAUUAAUGGCUCUGGCUCGAACAUCAUUCGCAGUUGUGGCCCUCAUCAAAUUAUAUUCCCUUGCCUCAGCUCCGGAAACCCGCAUCGGACAGGUCAUUGAACCAUCGAGUUUGAAGGUGGAGUACUAUCUCGACAAGGUCGUUCAGCAUUACACCACAGCAGGCGAUCUUGCUGGUGGCCGAACGCCAGCGAAGUUUUCUGUGGUUCUACGCAUGCUACGGAGUUGGUUUGCUAAGCGGAAAGACCAAAUUCCAGCACUAAAAGAGAUUUUGGGAGGAAAGCAUAGUAUUGUUCUAUGUCAGGAUGGCUCAGAAAAUAGCGAUGAGAGAAACCAACCGUCUAAAUCUGGCUCCACCCCACUUCACCUUCUGAGUGAAGUCGCCGUGAGCGAGCCGAAGAACCGGCCUGCCGAUCCAGGUCAAAUACCUUACCCACAACGAGCAGCGCCAACAGCCAGUUUGCCGCAGACCUCGGACUCACUCACCACGCCCUCAUUCUCAGGCCUCAUCUCCCAAUCCCAGUCCCUGGAUCCAACAUCCGGGCCACCCACGGGCCCGAAUACAACAUCAAACUCUGAAAAUUGGGUUCAAUACCCCCCAUCUCGUCAAUAUUACCCUUCAUUCAGCUCUCCCUAUCAAGACAUUCCAUCCUCAGGCUACCCCGAUCCCAGUGGAAACAACUUGGUCAUGUCCGACGCUACGCAGGAAUUCUAUGUUCCCGAACUCGGGCUACAAGUAGGAGUGGACCCGAGCAAUCUGUUCGCUUUGGAGAAUAUGUUUGGAUACGGAGUUUUGAACCUGCCGCUGCCGCUGCCGACUGACGAUGACAUUGGAUAUUAUUAA